AUGCCAGCAUUCAGACUAUUAGCUAGUGUUGCGCUCUGCGAAGGUAGAGUGAGAGAAUUGUUGCGAAGAGCUGAGAACCCAUCAACGGCUGGUGCAAUAUCUAAGCCAGGAUUUCUACCACCAAAUGUACGUGGUCGUACUAAGCGUCUUCCUGGAUUCGUAUGGAUAUUUAUGACCCACUUAUUGUCAAUUACAAUGAAGAGUGCUUGGUGGUUGUAUUGUGAUUCAUUCAUAUUCACACGAAUAAUCAGAUACUGUACUGUCUACGUUUCCCAUCGUAGUAUGCGGUUUGCAGAGAGUUUUAUCGACCCAUUUCUGCCACAAAGCCAUGACAACCAACAGUUGAAUGUAGACAUAUCACUUGUAUGUUCUAGGACUGCUGAGUACCACUGCGGUUAUAAGUAUGAUCUACUAUGGUGGUUAUGGCUACGUAAGCUACUCGCUAAAAAGUAUCAGCAUAACUAUAGUAACAUCAAUGCAGUUCGACAAAUUAAUGAAACAGAAAAUGAGGAACUUGACUCAGAACAUUAUGCCAUUGCUCUUGGUGUUCUUGUCAGGCUGAUGCAGAAUGAGCGUGUUUUACUGGAUCAUUUACAACUAACAGAUAGUCCACAGAAUUCUCAAGUGUUAUUGUUCACUAUAUUUAAAAGUGGAUCAACUGACAUCCUAACUGAAGGAACGACUUUAACCCGUUUAAUGCAUCGUGCUCAAGGACGUGCUGAGUUUCACAUGGUCAUGUCACUGUUAGUGGUUCUUAGAAGAUUUAGCCAAAUUUCUAAUGAUCUUGUUACUGUGCUUCAGGGUAUUGACAAUGUUCUGAUUGACUUUAAUCAGUUAGUUCUACGAUUGUUGAAUCAAAGUAAGACAACACUGGAGACUUACGUUCAGUUUUUACAACAAGUCAGUGAACGAUCCAGUUCCAGUAGUACAAUUGUGCCAGCAGACGGAACAAUACACGAAUUGACGACGAAUGCUUUAAUGUACCUAGAAAACUUGUUGGAAUUUGCUGAUAUUAUCGGUUCCGCUUUGUCAUUUACUGAAGCUGGUUCACAAGCUACAAAUAACACACUUAAAUACCUUGGUAAUACUCGGAAAAAUUCAUCGUAUCUAGAGCAUCGUUUGGGAAUUAUUUGUUCGGUGCUUUAUUUGCUUUAA